UGUUCAACAUAUAGACCAAAAUACAGAGAACUCUCAUGGAACCAAGCAUGGCAAUAGGAGUACCAGGGGUCACUCUAAGCUUUUGUGAUUUAACUAUGCCGGUGAUCGGCAUGGGAACUUCAUCAAGCCCCCCUGUUGCUCCAGAGACCACGAAGGCUGCCAUCGUUGAAGCAAUCAAGGCAGGCUACCGUCACUUUGACACUGCCUUUGCAUACCGGACUGAGCAGCCUUUAGGUGAAGCAAUUGCCGAGGCCUUGCGUCUUGGCCUGAUAAAGUCUAGAGAUGAACUCUUCAUUACUUCCAAGCUAUGGAGCAGCUUCGCUGAGAAGGACCUUAUCGUGCCUUCCAUCAGAAUGAGCCUUAGGAAUCUUCAGUUGGACUACAUUGAUUUGUACCUUAUACAUUGGCCAUUGAAAUUGAGCCAAGAGGUUCGUCAAAUGCCUGUUAUAAGGGAACAUAUAUUUCCCUUGGAUAUCAAGUCAGUCUGGGAAGGAAUGGAAGAAUGCAAGAACCUUGGCCUAACAAAGGCCAUUGGAGUAAGCAAUUUCUCUUGUAAGAAGCUUGAGGAGCUCCUCUCCACUGCCAAAAUUCCCCCAGCUGUUAAUCAAGUGGAGAUGAAUCCACUAUGGCAGCAAAAGAAAUUGAGGGAGUUCUGCAAGGUAAGGGGUAUUCAUGUCUCAGCCUUCUCGCCAUUGGGUGCAAACAACACUAAAUGGGGAGACAACAGAAUUUUGGAGUGUGAUGUGCUUGAAGAGAUUGCAAAGGCCAAAGGAAAAACCACUGCUCAGAUUUCCUUGAGAUGGCUAUAUGAGCAAGGGGUGAGCUCCAUAGCAAAAAGCUUCAACAAUGAGAGAAUGAAACAGAACCUUGACAUCUUUGAUUGGUCUUUAACUGAAGUGGAGUCUAACAAGAUAAGUCAGCUUCCUCAACGCAAAGGAAUUACAUUUGAAUCUAUUUUGGGACCUCAUGAUUUGGUGCUUGAGCUCGAUGCUGAGAGUCUAGAUGAUUGCUGAUUAGUAAAUUAUGAUUCACUUGCCGCACUUCGUUUUCUCCAUUAGGAUCUAUGUUUUUUGCCACUUCAUAUAUAUCAGUAAAUAAUGACGAACAUUUACAGUAAGAUAUAACAUGAUGGGUCUGUUUCCAUCAUUUUUCUCAGUUCAUGAAAGAUUUACAGUCAGUGGGCAAGAGGAAAAUCAGUACAUGUGUAAACGGUUCAGCGAUGGUACUAAUGAACUAAAUAUAAAAUUAAGAACGAUUAUUGGUAUAA